AUGAAGCAUUUGAAGCCUUCAGAGAAGCAGAAUGCAACAGUCAUCGGAGAGUUCAUCCUUCUUGGAUUUGGGAACACCAAGAACCUAAACACACUCCUCUUUGUGCUAUUUCUGAUUAUUUAUAUUUUAACUGUAUCUGGAAACAUUCUCAUCAUCACACUGGUUGUGGCAGAGAAACGUCUGCACACUCCCAUGUAUUUCUUUAUUUCAAAUCUCUCUUUCUUGGAAAUCUGCUACAGCACAACUAUAUUACCCAAAAUGAUGGCCAGUUUUCUUACAAGAAACAAGACAAUUUCUCUUUGGGGUUGUAUUUUACAAAUGCAUAUUUUCUGUACUCUAGCGGCUACAGAAUGUUACCUUUUGGCGGCAAUGUCAUAUGACCGUUAUCUAGCCAUUUGUAGACCCUUGCAUUAUGUCACACUUAUGAAUUUCAAAACAUGUGUUUUGCUGGUUUCAAUAUCAUGGAUAACAGGAUUUAUGCUUAUCAGUGUUUUGACACCCUUGUUGACCCAACUCACAUUCUGUAAUCAAUACAAAAUUGACCAUUUCUUUUGUGAUUUCACCCCUUUAAUACGGCUUUCUUGCAGUGACACUUGGGUGAUUGAAAGUGUUGCUUUGAUAACAUCAACUCUAGGAAUUAUACCUACAUUUUUUAUAACUGUUACAUCUUAUGCUUUUAUCAUCCAAACAAUUAUGAAAAUUCAGUCUGAGAAUGGAAGACAAAAGGCGUUUUCCAUCUGUACUUCCCAUCUCACUGUAGUCUCCAUUUUCUAUGGCUCCUUAAUGCUUGUCUACAUUAUGCCAACGAUUGACAGAUUCAAAGAUAUGAAUAAGAGCUUAUCUUUCCUAUAUUCUGUUCUUACCCCCAUGGGAUCAGUGAAAGAUUGGCUAGGGCAGCUGAGCCCUGGCCGCCUUUGCUCAAACCCAGACAGUGCUACUGCAGCCUCCUCAGUGUCCGAGCAGCAACAAGUGAAGUGCCACUUCAGCAUGCUUAUUUCCAACCCAGCUGCAAAGCAAGGGUAG